UUUCCAUCAACGCGCGCAAUCCGUAUGCAUAUAUGACCAGUAACUCAGGCGGAUCUCCCAAUGCUGAUCCUCUCUUCUUCACUGACCAACCCAAGAUGAACAACAACAAUAACAAUAGCCGCAACAAUAAUAAUAAUAAUAAUAUUUCCCCUGGAUUUCUCUCAUCAGCAGUCCUCGAACUUUCCGAACCCGAUCGAGAUCUCAUCCUCCCCUGCUUCUCUUCUGUCCCAAGGCUCGAACACAUCUUCUCUUCGCUUUCCGUUUCUCUUCCUGUUUUCUUCAGCCAUGGAAGUUCCUCUCUCGCGGUUCCAAAGCUUAGCAUCUGAUGAAACCCUUAGUUGUAGCAAUAGCUGGGGUUUCCCAUUUUCUCUCCCCGAUUCUGGGCUUUUUAAGGGAAGAAAACGGAGGAAUCCGUUUUCUCGCAUACGGUGUUCGUCGGCCAUGGAGCAGGGGCUAAAGCCACGCCCGAAGCUGAAACGCCUGGGAAUCGAUGUUGGCGAGAGGAAAGACGCGGUUUUGGAGGAGACCCAGAUGAGGAAACCGAACCCCGGGAUUUGUAAUCAGAUUGAGAAGUUGGUUCUGUACAAAAGGUACCGAGAGGCGCUUGAGUUGUUUGAGAUUUUGGAGUUUGGUGUUGUUGGCGGUGGUUUUGAAGUAGGUGGUAGUACUUUUGAUGCUUUGGUGAGCGCUUGCAUUGGGUUGAAAUCGAUUAGAGGAGUUAAGAGGGUUUGUAAUUACAUGGCUAAGAAUGGGUUUGAGCUUGAUUUGUAUAUGAGGAACAGGAUACUGCUGAUGCAUGUUAGAUGUGGGAUGAUGCUCGAUGCCCGCAAGAUGUUCGACGGAAUGCCCGAGAGGAAUUUGGUUUCAUGGAACACGAUUAUAGCAGGGCUCGUGGAUUGCGGAGAGUUUGUGGAGGCGUUCAGGCUGUUUCUGAUUAUGUGGGAGGAGUUUUCUGAUGGCGGGUCUCGCAUAUUUGCUACGAUGAUACGGGCAUCUGCGGGGCUGGGACUCGUGUUUCCCGGAAGGCAGAUUCAUUCUUGUGCUUUGAAGAUGGGUGUGGACCAAGACGUUUUUGUGUCUUGUGCGCUGAUUGAUAUGUAUGGUAAGUGUGGACGCUUAGAAGACGCUCAAUUUGUUUUUGAUGAGUUGCCGGAGAAGACCACGGUGGGAUGGAAUACCAUAAUAGCGGGUUAUGCGCUCCACGGUUAUAGUGAGGAGGCUCUGAGCUUGUAUUGUGAGAUGAGAGACUCUGGUGUCAAAAUGGAUCACUUUACGUUUUCUAUAAUCAUAAGAAUUUGUGCAAGAUUAGCUUCAUUGGAACAUGCUAAGCAAGCUCAUGCGGGUUUGGUUCGUCAUGGAUAUGGUCUAGAUAUAGUGGCCAACACCGCACUCGUGGACUUCUAUAGCAAAUGGGGAAGAAUAGAAGAUGCUCGUCAUGUUUUUGACAAAAUGGCCAGCAAGAACAUUUUAUCGUGGAAUGCAUUGAUUGCUGGAUAUGGUAAUCACGGUAGGGGCAAUGAGGCCAUUGAAAUGUUUGAGAAGAUGCUUAAGGAAGGCAUGAAUCCCAACCAUGUGACUUUUCUUGCCGUAUUAUCCGCUUGUAGCUACUCUGGAUUAUCGGAACGUGGAUGGAACAUUUUCGAGUCAAUGGGAAGGGAUCACAAGAUUAAGCCUCGUGCAAUGCAUUAUGCGUGCAUGAUUGAAUUACUUGGUCGAGAGGGGCUUUUGGAUGAAGCAUAUUCCCUAAUAAGGGCAGCACCCUUCAAGCCUACAGCCAACAUGUGGGCUGCAUUGCUGACAGCUUGUCGGAUCCACGAGGAUUUAGAGAUUGGCAAGCUUGCAGCUGAAAAACUCUACGGAAUGGAGCCCGAGAAGCUGAGUAACUACAUUGUGCUCUUGAACAUCUACAACAGUUCUGGCAAGUUGAAGGAAGCUGCUGGUGUUGUUCAGACUUUGAGAAGAAAGGGCCUGCGAAUGCUCCCAGUCUGUAGUUGGAUUGAAGUCAAGAAACGGGCUCGUGUUUUCUAUUCAGGAGACAAGACUCACACCGAAACAGAAGAAAUCUACCGGAAAGUGGAUGAGUUGAUGGCGGAGAUCUCUAAACACGGUUACAUUCCCAAGCAGAAGUCGCUGCUUCCUGAUGUGGAUGAACAUGAAGAGCGUAUACUGACGUACCACAGUGAGAAACUGGCGGUGGCAUACGGGCUGAUUAGUACUUCAGAUGGAACGUCACUGCAAAUUGUGCAGAGCCAUCGAGUAUGUGCCGCCUGCCAUUCCGCGAUUAAGUUGAUCACUAUGGUUUCUGGAAGGGAAAUUGUCUUGAGGGAUGGCAGCAGAUUCCACCAUUUCAAGGACGGUAGUUGUUCUUGUGGGGAUUAUUGGUGAUGGCAAACUUAAUUUCAUUAGAUUGGAUGACUUUGUUAACUGAUAUCUUGUACGGUUUUUCUGCUCCUAGAGAUUAAGAAUGUAAAGCAUAAAAAGUUUCUCUAGUAAAUUCUUUUUGACUAUAUUGAAA